AUGAUAUUUGCAAAGCAAAAGUUUUUAACAACGUUGGAAAGAAAACCUCAGUCGUUCGGUGGCAUCGGUGGUUCGGUUCAGUUCGGUGGCAUAGACACUUCAAGAGACGCGAGGGGUUUUUCUGUAAAGUUUUACACAGAAGAUGGUAACUUCGAUAUAGUUGGUUUAAACAUGCCCGUUUUCGGGGUGCAUGAUCCUCUAUUUUUCCCCAUGUUUGUCCAUUCAAGGAAAAAGAAUCCACAAACAAACCAGUACGACUUCAACAUGUUCUGGGAUUUCGUUGUGCGCCGUCCCGAAUCUGUACAUAAUACUUUAUAUAUUUUUAGUGAUGCCGGCAUAUCCGACGGUUACAGACAUAUGCCUGGCUUUAGUAUUCACACAUAUCAAGUUGUAAACAGUAAGGGAGAAAAAUUCUUUGUUAGAUUUACUUUUAAACCUGACGAAGGUAUAAAGAAUUUAGAUUCAUUGACAGCCCAGAAAUUAGCAGCUGUUGAACCAGACUAUGCAACUCGAGAUUUGUUUAAUGCCAUAAGCGCAGGAAAUUUUCCCAGUUGGACAGUUUAUGUCCAAGUGUUAGAUCUCUACGAUAUCCAACAUGCUGACUUUGAUGUAUUUGAUUCAACAAAAAUUUUACCAGAAGAGAAAUACCCGCUAAGACCGUUAGGGCGACUUGUUUUGAAUCAGAAUCAAAUAAACUAUUUCGCUGAAAUUGAGCAGCUGGCUUUCUGCCCUAAUAAUCUUGUGCCUGGGAUUCUUGGAGCGCCUGAUAAACUUUUUGAAGCGCGUCGUUUCGCAUAUAGAGAUGCUCAAGACUAUCGUUUGGGAAGAAAUUUCGAGAACAUUAAUGUUAAUAAACCUAUUGUAGAAACUUUUACGUAUAAUCGAGAUGGAAGAGCACCUGUUGAAGAUAAUCAGGGUAACGUGCCGAAUUAUUAUCCUAAUUCGUAUAAUGGUCCUGUGCCGUAUAAAGAAAGUAAUAAAGUUGAUGUAAUUGAAAUUCACGAGAUAGCAGGGGAUGAUUUUCGGCAAGCACGGGAAUAUUAUAUUAAUACAUUGACGCCUGCUGAAAGAAAUAGACUUACAAAGAAUAUUGUAGACAGUUUAGCUGCUGUUACGGAUCCAAUUUUAAAAGAUAAAAGUAUAAAAGUUCUAGAAGCAGUGCAUUUAGAUCUGGGUUUAAAAGUUUUUGAAGGUUUACUAGAGAGACAAAGUAACUAUCAAGAAAAAUUAAGGCAUAUAGAAUAUUAAACUCGAUUGCUAUUCUUAAUUUCUCAGGUACCAAUUGUUUGUGAGCAAUAAGCUUCCAUGGAAUAAGAAGACAUUUUAUAUUCAGGCGCUUAUAUUUGGAUUAUACUAAAAUUAGAUCCUUGUUUCAUUAAAUUGAUAAUUUGAACCUUAUAUAGUUAAUUAUAGGUACGUUUGACUGCUUCAUUGGUUUGUUAGGACAGAGUAGGUGGCUAUAGGAGGAAUUUUCGGUUUUUGAAAAUGUCUU